GUCUGUUUUGCCGGGUUUGGGCAAGAGCAAGCUUUGUCUGUCUCAAUCCCUUUACGAGCUCUCGACCUCCUUUCUAGCUGUUGGACACGAAUAUACGACAGUGGGCUAUAUCAAUUGGUUACCUAUCACCAGAACUUUGGAUCAUUGGCCAUUGCCGCCUAUUUGUACCGUUUUAGCUGAGAAGCCGCCGUGAUAUUGAACGGCUCUUACUUUCACCAUGCGGAGAGGCGUCCUAAUCUUCCUCGUUGUCAACCUCCUAAUUUUAUCCUUCCUUGUUCGCAGUGUCUUCACCCUUCUAUCACUGCUAGUGGAAGAUGCUUCCGCCGAUGCAAUCCAUCGCGCGGAGCUUCCCUCGCCAAAUUCCAGUUUGAUCGAGCAGCGGCCGCAGAUCAUUCCUAAGAUCAUCCACCAAACCUACAAGAACGAGACAAUUCCCGAAGUGUGGAGGGAGGCGCAACAAAGUUGCAUUGACUUGCAUCCUGACUAUGAGUAUAUUCUUUGGACGAACGAGAAGGCGCGCGAAUUCAUCGCACACGAAUACCCAUGGUUCCUUGCUACCUUUGAUGGUUACAAGUAUCCUAUCCAGCGAGCAGACUCAAUCCGAUACUUUGUCCUGGCCCAUUAUGGCGGGACAUACAUUGACCUUGAUGACGGCUGCAAUCGUCGUUUAGACCCCCUCCUCUCUUACCCAGCUUGGGUACGUCGCACCGCUCCGACAGGCAUCUCCAAUGAUGCGAUGGGAUCUGUUCCGCAGCACCCGUUCUUCCUUCGAGUGAUCGAACUGUUGCAGUCAUAUGACCGUAGCUGGUUGCUUCCAUACAUCACGGUGAUGUACUCCACCGGACCUCUGUUCCUUUCGGUGAUCUGGAAGGAAUAUAUGCAGGAGGCUAUGGGUGAAUCGUCGCGGGUUCGGAUUCUGAUGCAGGAUGAGUACAACAAGUAUUCAUGGAGCUUUUUCACCCACCACGUCGGCAAUAGCUGGCAUGGUAAAGACGCACGGUUGAUUUUCUGGAUGGGGCAACAUUGGAUGUUCCUCACCGUAUGCGGCUUUAUCUUGGUAGGGUCCGUUGGCUUCUGCCUGUGGUGGGUUUAUGGUCGACUGAUUCUGUUGGGCUCGAAGUACCGUUAUCGGUACACUAAGGUUCCAACAUUCAUCUCUGUUUCCGGCCUAUCCCCUACUCGCAGACCACGGCGCCCAACCCCUACAUUGCUGCGUCGUGUCUCUUUUAAAGAGGACGAAGAAACAGGACCUAUCACUGAAACCUCAUACGAGCUCUACAGUCGUCGUGAUUGAGCGUGUCCGUUUAUAUCUGCGUUUAUAUUUG